AUGAACCCUCUAUAUAUUACAUAAGAUGAACUUCAUCAAAUGUUCUAAUCCCCAAAUUAAACUAAAAGAAGUGCAGAUUCUAUAGUUACACUCGAACCUUAAACUGUUAAAUUUUAAUAAACAUUUUCCAACAUUCAAACUAAUAUCGAAACAAUUGAGCAAUUAAAAAAAGAGUUGGCUGCAAAAGAUAAGCUGAUAAAUGAAUUGAAUUCAAAGACAUCUUAAUAAAUUGAAUCCCUUCUCUCUCAAUAGGAAAAACUAAUACAAGAAAAUCUCAAUCUCAAAAAAGAACUAAGCACAUCAAAAGCUCAACAAAAACAUUAAUAGUAAAAAUUAGAACUUUAUAUGACUGAAACAAAGACGCUUUAAUAACUUCGACUAUAAGAGCGAACAAGAUACUAAAGAGAUAUUAAAAAUAUUGAAAAAUACAAUUAAUCACUUACUAAGUGA